AAAGCGGUUGCCAUGGUACCCGCUCCUCCUGCCCUGCCACCGCUUCUCAACCAGCCUGUCAAUUCCGACGUCGAGACGCCCCUGAGGGAGGCCUCCCCUCAUCCCAUCGUACGCCCCGCCUCCAAAGCGGCGGGGCAACUAGGUGUCGACGGAGCUCCGAACGCCCGAGCGAAGGCCAAGUCCAGACCCACGAUGGCCAGCGUGACCUCCAGCGCCGGGAACUUCCUUUCGAGGAAGGUCCGCGGCAUCUUCACCAAGAAGACCUUGAACGCGAGGCUCCCGAUCACGCAGUGGCUCCCCACCUACAACCUUGAGAUGCUGGAGGGGGACAUCCUGGCCGGCUUCACCGUCGGCCUCACCGUCAUCCCGCAGGGCAUCGCCUACGCUCUCGUGGCCGGCCUGGAGCCUUCUUAUGGUCUGUACUCCGCAUUCAUGGGUUGCUUCGUGUACACGCUCCUCGGCAGCUGCAAGGACAUUACCAUCGGCCCCACGGCCAUCAUGGCCAUCAUGACCCACGAGUACUCAGGCGAAGGAGGACCCGACUUCGCCGUGCUCCUCUGCUUCCUCAGCGGCAUCAUCAUCCUCGCCUCAGGCAUUUGCAACUUGGGAUUCCUCAUAACGUUCAUAUCGAAGCCAGUGAUAUGCGGCUUCACCUCAGCGGCUGCCAUUACCAUAGCCUCAUCGCAGCUCAAAGGACUCUUCGGCCUAUCCUACAACUCUGAAGGAUUUUUGGAGACAUGCGAAAAGCUGUUUAGUCAUAUUGCGGAGACCAAGUGGCAGGACCUCACGUUGGGGAUAUGCUGUAUGAUCUGCCUGCUGCUCAUGAGGAAAUUAAAGGACUUAAAAGCUGUGAAGCCAAAUGCAGCAGAUUCCACGGGGAAAAAAGUAUUUAAGAAGAUCAUAUUCCUAUCGUCUGUGGGAAGAAACGCCAUUGUCGUCAUCGUCGCUGGCAUCAUUGCAUUUGUUGCUCCAGAAAACACGUUCCAGCUGACAAAAAGGGUGGACGGGGGCAUGCCAAGCUUCCAGCUUCCUCCCUUUUCUACCGAAGUGAACAACGUCACCUACUCGUUCGGCGACAUGAUGACGUCCGUCGGCUCGGGGGUCGCCAUCAUUCCUCUCAUUUCUAUCCUGGAAAGCAUUGCCAUUGCCAGUGCAUUCGCCGGAGGAAAGACCAUUGAUGCUACUCAAGAAAUGAUCGCCCUUGGUUUCUGCAAUAUUUUGGGGUCAUUUGUGCAAUCGAUGCCCGUCACUGGAUCUUUCUCUCGAACGGCCGUCAAUGCCACGAGCGGGGUCAGGACGCCGGCGGGGGGCGUGGUGACCGGACUGCUGGUGAUGCUGGCGUUGGCCUUUCUGACGCCUUACUUCAGAUACAUUCCUAAGGCCACAUUGUCAGCUAUGAUCAUCUGCGCAGUGAUAUUCAUGGUGGAAUACGAGAUGGUCCUCCCAAUCUGGAGAGCAAGGAAGUUGGACCAGCUACCUCUCUGGGGUUCCUUCCUCACAUGUUUGUUCUGGAAGCUUGAGUAUGGUAUCUUGGUUGGGGUUGGCAUUAACCUGGCCAUUCUCUUGUAUGGUACUGCUCGACCCAAGGUUGGGGUGACAGCCGUGAUGAGACAGGAUGGAGAUGAACCUGCGUAUAUUUUGGUGGAGCCACGUAGUGGUCUUUUCUUCCCAUCGAUUGACCAUGUAAGAUCAGUUGUAAGCAAGGCAGGCCGAGGAAUGGCCAAUGGAAACCUGACAGUUGUCGUGGACUGCAAACAUUUUGUUGGGGUUGAUUUUACUGCUGCCAAG